GGAAGGUGCUCGUACGUUGAUCCCUCUCCAGUUGAUCCACAUACCCGAGUGCGAUUUUGGUAGAGAAGGGGCCACCGCUCCAAGAGAGCAUUUCUCAGAGAAAGUCGCACCGUAGAUCCUGUAGCUCCAACGUCAAUCCCUUUGCAUCAUUCUCGUCCGGCGCAGCCUACGAACAACCGCAAACAAUGCCUACCCUCUUAGUGCAGCCGACGGGUGAAUUGUCAGUACAGAUUUAUAAAGAUUUGUGUGAAGACAAAGACGCCGUUCCAGAAAAAAUGAAACAAAUCAAAGGAUGGCUCGCCAUGCAGCCGCACCUGCCACCCUUUCCAGACGAUCAUCGCAUCUUAACAUUUAUGCGCGGCUGCAAGCACAGCACCGAGAAGACCAAGAAGAAGCUGGACAUGUACUUCUCCAUGCGCGCCGCCGUGCCCGAAUUCUACGCCGACCGUGACCCAUUGAGUGAUAGCAUACAGAAAGUUUGGACGGAAGCACAUAUGCCACCUCUGCCAGCACUGACUCCCGAGGGAAAUCGAGUAAUCUGGAUGUGCGGCGCCCAGGAUGAGUUGAAUAUUGCGUCGGCAGCAACUGCCAUGAAAGUCGCACUCAUGAUUGGUGACUUGCGUCUUAAACUAGAGGAGCACGGUGUUUCGGGGGACGUUUAUGUCCUGGAUGCUUCACAGGCAACUGCCCAGCAGUUCGCAAAAUUCACACCCGCCAUUAUCAGGAAAUUUCUCAUAAGUGUGCAAGAAGCCUAUCCAGUUCGCCUCCGUCAGGUGCACGUCAUCAACAUCAACCCUCUUGUUGAUGUUAUUUUCAACUUCGUUAAGCCCUUGCUCAAGGAAAAGAUAAAGAACAGGAUCCACUUCCACUCGAAGAUGGAUACUUUCUUUAAAUUUGUGCCAAUUGAGAUGUGUCCAGAGGAAUAUGGAGGCAAAGGUGGAUCCCUUAAGGAUUUCAGUUCAAACUGGAAAAAGAUUGUGGAGGAUAACCGUCAGUGGUUCUUGGAUCAAGAAUCCGUUAAAACUGAUGAGACCAAGCGGCCAGGCAAGCAAAUGAACUAUGAUGAGUUGUUUGGUGCAUCUGGCUCAUUCAGGAAACUAAACAUCGAUUAAGUUUCAAAUUUUCUGAACUUGGUGAUACGAGAGUCCUGCACAGCAAUUUAUUUGCAGCCAGUAAAAUAUUGAUAAUAAUUUCACUGCAUAUAUAAUUUUUUUAAGUAAAAACAGGCCCACGCUACGUUAAAUUUGGAAAAUAUUCCUUUAUUUGCAGCAAGAAGGGAAUGUAGCAAACAAAAUGCAUUAUUAAUCUUCUAUGCCUUACACGUUUAAAUAAAGAUGACCUGGAAUAAAAUGGAGAAAAAAAAA